CACAAGAAGAAAAUUCAUUGAUUUCAGCGCCACGUGUUCUUCCUAGUCGAUGCUCACGAUCCAACUUUUGGUUUUCUCCGUCAUUUUUCCUCUAUAUCUCUCCCCCACCUUUAUACUAUUACAUUUCCCACUUGCCAUUGACACACAAAACUUAGGAAUUAAUACUCAGUGAAAAUAUCACUAGUACUGGGCUACUAGCACACUCUCCCAAAAACUCCAAUGGGUUCGCUCCCUUCUCCACCAAGACCAACAGCUCCACCAUCCCCAGAAAAUCUUCUUUCCAAUCAUGUAGUGGUUGCUGUGUUUUGUCCUAGAGAACCAACCCCAGGUGUCAGUCUCCCAAAUUCAAUUGAGCUAUAUUACCCAUCCAUGAACACAUGGACCUAUGUAGGCACAAUUCCUGGCCUAAUUGAUGACCAAAUCUUAAAGGGUUUUGCCAUAGUCUCCCUAGGGGACUUUAUUUACAUAAUUGGUGGCCAAAUUUGUCACAAAGAAAUGGUUCAUGUAUCUGAUGAAUGUGCUGACUACGUUGAUGAGGGUAUCAAAGUUGUGGCAACAGUUCUCCGUUACAACAUUAGAACCAACCAAUGGUUCAAUUGUGCACCACUAGGUGUGGCACGGUAUGAUUUUGCUUGCACAGUUUGUGACAACAAAAUCUACGUGGCAGGGGGGAAGUCCACGCUGUCAUGUGCCGGGCCAGCACGGGGGAUCUCAUCGGCUGAGGUGUACGACCCCGAAAAUGACAAGUGGAUCCCUUUGCCUAAUUUGCAUAUUUUAAGGUACAAAUGUAUAGGUGUGACGUGGCAAGGGAAAGUUUACAUAGUUGGGGGGUUUGCUGAGAGAGAAGACUCGGAUAAGACAAUGCCAAGCAUAGUGGAACGUAGUUCAGCAGAGGUGUAUGACACGCAAGCAGGGAAGUGGGACAUGAUAGCGGGGAUGUGGCAAUUGGAUGUGCCACCUAAUCAGAUAGUGGCAGUGAAUGGUACACUUUUGAGUUCAGGGGAUUGCCUGAAUGCAUGGAAGGGACACAUUGAGGCCUAUGAUGGAAAACUUUGGAAUGAAGUUGAUGGAUCGCACAAGAGAAACCUGUCCACAUUAGAGGACAACUAUGAGAAUUGGCCUCCGAAUGAUCAAAGACUGUACCUAACUAUGGCACCAAUUGGGACUCGUUUGUUUUUCUUGGCAGGUUACAGGAUAGGUGGGGAACUACCAAGAACUAUGUCUGUUGUGCACAUGUUUGACACUUCAGCCACCAGGGAUGCUUGGAGGAGCUUUGAACCAAUGGAAUUGGAGGGUGAGAAAGAGCUUUGUGGCCAUUGCUGUGUUGUGCAACUCUCUUAAAUUGAGAGUUCAAAAAAAAAAAAAAAAACAAUAUGUAGAAUGGUUUAAGUUUAAUUUAUAGCUAUAUGUUAUUAUCAAUGCAUAACUUUUUUUUUGGCUAGAUCACUAUAUAUGCAUUUGAAAGACAGCUCUGUCUUUGGUUGAAUUGUUUGCUACAGAUCAAAUCCUCAUGACAAUUCCAACCCAGUUAACAAAUAAAAGGAAAAUGGCUUAAGAUGCA